UUCUGCAUCAAUUGCAAAGAUUAAUGUAUUAAGGUAAUUGAGAUUCAUUAAAGAGGUGGCCUAUUUCAACACAUUUUUUCAAUGUGCAUAUAUGUCAAAUGUAAAUGUUGGGAUCUUCAAGGUACAGCUGCAUUACUUUGUGGCAGUAGAAUCCAAGUGUGUCAGAAAACAUUAUGUGUCUUAUCUUUUCAUUGUAGUAACUAGUAUGAGUGGUUCAUAUUGAUUAUUUCAAAAUGUACAAGCAUAUCUUAGUGUUGAUGCUUUGGCACAUAAAUAAUUCUAUUUUCACAAUGGACAAAACAAUUAACCUAUGAACUUGAUCACAAACUUCCAUGGAGAAAACAAUUAACAUUGCAGUUGUUCCUGGUGUUGGGUAUAGCCACUUGGUCCCUAUUCUUCAAUUCUCCAAGCUACUAGUUCAUCUUCAUCCAUACAUUCAUGUCACAUGUCUCAUUCCAAUACUUGGUUCUCCUCCAAGUUCCUCAAAAGCCAUUCUUCAAACUCUUCCAUCAAACAUCAACUACACUUUUCUUCAACCAGUACACCCCAAAGACCUACUACCACAAGUUGAAGCACUAGAUUUUGCUAAGGAAUUCAACAUGUUGUCAUAUAUGUACUACCCCGGAUCAGCUACUACACUGGCUUUGAGCUUCUAUUUGCCUAAAUUAGACGAGGAAACAUCGUGUGAGUACAGAGAUCUACCAGAACAUAUCAAAAUACCAGGCUGCAUACCGUUCCAUGGUAGGGAUAUCUAUGCCCCGGCUCAAGAUAGAUCAAUUCAGGCUUACAAAUUGUUACUCCAGCUUGUUAAAAGAUUCCAUUUUGCUGAUGGUGUUAUUGGUAAUAGCUUCUUAGAAAUUGAAAAAGGUCCUAUAGAAGCACUAGCAGAAGAAGGAAGUGACAACCCUCCUGUGUAUCCUGUUGGACCCAUCAUCUCGACAGUAACAAGUUCCGGUGAUGAUGCUAAUCGCGGUCUGGAAUGUCUCACAUGGUUGGAUAAACAACAACCUUGUUCGGUUUUGUAUGUGUCUUUUGGGAGUGGUGGUACACUUUCACAAGAACAAAUUGUUGAGCUGGCUUUCGGUUUAGAAUCGAGUAAUCAUAAAUUCUUGUGGGUUGUUAGAGCACCAAGUAGUAGUUCAUCUAGUGCUGCAUAUCUUUCAAAUUCGGCACAAAAUGAUGUUGACGUUGACCUUUCGCAAUUUUUACCACCCGGGUUCAUGGAGAGAACCAAGGAACAAGGAAUGGUUAUUCCAUCAUGGGCACCGCAGAUUCAAAUCCUUAGUCACAAAUCAAUUGGUGGAUUCUUGAGUCAUUGCGGCUGGAACUCAAUCCUUGAGAGUGUGAUGCAUGGUGUGCCACUAAUCACAUGGCCUUUGUAUGCUGAGCAGAGAAUGAAUGCAAUUUUGCCGAGUCAGGGCCUAAAAGUGGGAAUAAGGCCAAGAGUUAACGAAAAUGGCAUUGUAGAAAGGGUAGAGGUUUCUGAGUUGAUCAAGUGUCUCAUGGAAGGGGAAGAAAGUGAGAAAUUGUGCAAUAGAAUGAAGAAGUUGAAAGAAAAUGCUAUUAAUGCACUCAAAGAAUAUGGAUCUUCUACAAAGACUAUUUCUCAGUUAGCAAUCAAAUGGAGAAAUAUGAUGCAGGAAAACUAGAUUUAAGGAAUGAUUUUGUUAAGAUUUUUGCUUUUUAACCAUUCUAGUUUUUCUGCUUCUUCUUUGGAAUAAGUUAAUCAUUAUAAGUUGUAAUAUUAAGCUCCUAAGGAUGCAUGCUUAUUAGACAUUUUAUGUGA